CGUGCUGUCCGUUCUGUAUUUCUCUCUCAUGUGGGCUAUUCUGUACUUCUCUCUCAUGUGGUCUCAAUGGCUGAGAUCGCCGACCACAGUCCAACCUCUGGCGAAAUCUCGUUCUGGCCACUUCUCCUGCUCCUCCUUCAAAGAUGUUCAAGACCUCUGCCGUGAAGAUUCCGAUUCCGGAACCGACUCUCCUCCCAACACUCCCAAGAAGCCUUCCAUUUUCCACCGCGUCCGCCUCUACACCUCCGUCCUCCGCUCCUGGUCGCACCGUCUUCUACAGCUUCCGGACUCCGAGCACCGAAUCGUCGUUUACCACACCUCUCUCCGCGUCGUCCGCCGUACCUUCGAGGACUGCCGAACCGUCCGAUCCAUCCUCAGAGGCUUCCGCGUCUCGAUCGACGAGCGCGACCUCUCGAUGGACUCGAAAUUGGUCAACGAGUUGCAGGACGCGAUCGGACGGAAGAAUAUCAGUUUACCUAGAGUCUUCAUCGGCGGUCGAUAUAUCGGCGGAGUGGAGGAAAUUAAGCUGCUGAAUGAGAGCGGGGAGUUGAAGAGACUGAUCGAACGGCUUCCGGAAGCGGUUUCGUUGCUUUGCGAGGUAUGCGGAGGGAUUGGAUUCAUUGUUUGCGAAGAAUGCGAUGGAAGCCAUAAGAUCUACGUCGAGAAAUGUGGAUUCAGAACGUGCAAUGCUUGCAACAUCAACGGCUUGAUUCGGUGCCCUUCCUGUUCAUCGAUGCGGCUCCGCAGCACAGGUUUUUAACGCCUCUAACCAAUAGAAUAAGAAAAAAAAAAACGACUAAAUAAAUAAAAUCAUCAUCAUAUCAUAUUAACCAUUUCCAUGGAAAUCGUAACACAGUUUAGUUUACUUUUAAUUGUAAUUGUAAAAAAAAGAA